GGGGCCGGAGAAGGUUCUAGGAAGCUUUGGGUGUCCGUGUGCCUUCUUUGCUGUGCGGCCCGAACGUCUCGCGAUGACCCGUGGAAAUCAGCGUGAACUUGCCCGACAGAAGAACCUGAAGAAGACUCAGGAAACUCUCAAAGGGAAAAGGAAAGAGGAUAGCUUGUCUGCAUCUCAGAGAAAGCAGAGAGACUCUGAAAUCAUGCAGCAGAAACAGAAGGCAGCUAAUGAAAGGAAGUCUCUGCAAGCAGGAGCAAAAUGAACUGUCUGUGUGGAGAAGAUGAAAGUACAUCAAUCAAGGAGAAGGGCCUAGAAGAUAAUUCAUAAAAUGGCUUGCCAUUAAAUGAUUAAAUGUUUAUCUUGCAGCCUUGUUCAACUAGCAUUAGUUUGUUUUCUGUCUAGUAUAGGCUUAGUUGUCUGGAAUGCUGUUUCAAAACUGACUGUGGUCUUCUGCAUGCGUAAAAGUGAUCAUACCUGGUAAUAGCUUUACUCCAGCUGUUGCUACAUUUGUAGAUUUUACCUAAUGGUUCCAGUAAUCAGUUUUCUAAAUCUACAGUGAGACCUGAUUUUCUUGUCUUAACUUCUAAAGUACAUCAUCAUUCACAGUGGAACACAUUAGUGAAAUGUGCUUCAACUUACAGAGGUCUGAACUGUAAAACUCAUCGUAUUUUUACAAUAAAAUCUUGCAUGAAA